AAAAUGCAUAUAUGUCUUCCUUUAUUCCUUAUUUUCCGCUGUUAGAAGAAAGUUCACAACUUACAAGUAAUAUAAUAGUACGAGUAUACAAGAUUGUUAUAAAUCUUUCCUACGCAUUAGCAUGUGACUUAUUUCUCGUAAUCCUCAUCAUUUGCUUCCAAAUCUCAGAUUUCUACAUAAUUGUAGAUCCCACUUGCAACUCUUUUCUUUUCCUUUUAAUUAAUAUAAAUGUAAAGUUAAACCAUCCUGGAAGCUUCACUUCACAGUUGAUAUAGUCACUUAAACAGGUGAUACUGAUAGUGAUACAAUUUGGUGUCAGCCCACACUAGCAGCCUGGCAUUUGCAAAUCUUUCAAUAUUCAAUGCCUACGUAGGAUGUUACUAGUUGAGAUCAGUCCCCUUGAAGAGCAAUGGGGUGCGCGGUUUCUGUCUACCAGGUCGGAAAAAAGAAGAAGCACAAGGGCAUCAUCCCUGAGGUCAGCAUAUUUGUCCCCUCAAUGCGUGUUCCUGCUCAAUGUGAUCUACACAGGACACUAAAGGGUGUCAUUCCUAAGGAUCUUGCUGAUAGAUUAACUUCUAUAAGGAACCAGAUUCUGCUCAUCGCACAAGAUACAGAUGUGUCUGCUAUUGAUGAAUUACAAAAAGCGCUCGACGAGUAUUUGUCUCUUCUUGUUGGCCUUACUAGAAAAGAAUUCGGGAAUCAAGAAUUGACUGGAUUCAAGUGGAAAAACUUGGAAGAUGGGCAAGAGCAGGAAACCUCUGUAGCAAACUCCUGGUUUGAAUUACUGUCUGUCCUUCACAUGAUGGCUAUGUUAACAUUAGUAGAGGCAAAUAUGAAGUUGGCACCAAGAGACAUUGCUAUGACUGAACGGGCUGUGUCAGGAGAUUGCAUGAGGGAUACUGUUGAUUUGCUGCUGAAAGCAUCAGGUUAUUUGGAUUUCUGUGUCCAAAAUGUUCUUGUCCACAUACCACCUGAUAUCAAGAACAAGUUGCCUAAACAUCUGCAUCAGGGUAUUCUCGAAGCUACCUCAAAUCAAGCACUAGCACAGGGAACUGAAAUUCAAUUAGGUUUGGCUCUUGAAAGUCAAAAUGCUACUUUAUCAGUGAAGAGGAGGCUGGCAUGUGAAGCAGUAAGCUACUACGCACAGACACUUUGCUGCUUGUCUGGAGACAAUAAUUUCCACAGAACAGCGAAAAAGCAUCUGUUGUUCAUCAAAUGGAAAUAUCUUGAAGCAAAGGCUGCAGCUUACUACUACCACGGUAUAAUCAUUGACAAGGGAACAGAACCAUCCUGCCACGUUAGUGCAGUAUGCUGUUUCCUCGCAGCAGAAGAACUACUUGCUGAGAGCAAAAAAGCCUCCUUAAGUUUCUGCCUUGCAGAACCUAUCACCAGAACUCCUCCAGCAUGGGGUGUUAUGAAACAUUUAAACAAAAAAGUGCCGGAAACUGCUGCCAAGAAGUCCCAAAUGUAUGGCUACCUUUUGGACCAAGAAAAAGAUCUUCGAGUACUACCCGAUCUUCCAGAAUUCCAGUUGUCACUCAAACCUGACGACUACACAUUGCCAGAAGCAGAUUCAACAUGGGAUAGUGAAAAAUGGGAUAUAAGCCUCAAAGAACAUCUAAAAGAUUGUGAAGAAACUGACUAGCAUUAUUGUACUGAAAUAUCUAUGUGUACAUUAUUUAAUUUAACAAUACAAGUGUUGAGCGGAGGUGCAAGGCUCAAAUAAGCUUUAAGAUACUGUCGAUAUAUACCCAUUGCUGGAACAUGAGUUCUUCUUAUGUAUUAUGCACUCAAUGCAUUAAUUUCUAUUUCCUUUUCAAAA